AUGGAGUACAUAAGGGUAGCCAAAGUUGACGAUGUUGUUCUCCAUAGGAAAGGCUUUAUGGUAAAAGGAGUGCUGCAUUUGACGACGCAUCAUCUCAUUUUCAGCUCCCCUCUUCUUUCCCGAGAAUUUUGGGUAUCGUAUCCGACAAUAGGGUCUGUCUUUUUAAACAACGGAAGUGCGAUGAUAUCCAAAUCGAAAUAUCAUUCGGCUACUACAGAUGAGCCCCUGUACAGGGAUCGGGAUAUAUGGGCCUUUUGUACUAUAAAAUUUGUGGGCAAAGAUUUCAGCAUUUUCUCAUUGGACUUUGAAGACGGUUCUAAAGCGCAAGACGUGUUUGAUUCUGUUUUAAAGUUAACAGUUCUUUCCGACAUGAGCCAGCUAUAUGCAUUCAUAUAUACUCCCAAUGCAGCCGAGGCCAAAGUUGACUACUGGAACUUGUACAAUCCGCUAGAAGAAUUUCGUCGACAAGGAUUGACACUCGAAGAAACGUGUAAAUGGAGACUAUCGAAGAUCAACGACGAUUUCAAUUUCUGCAAAACUUAUCCAAACCUUUUGGUAGUACCGCAAAAUGUGUCCGAUACACUCUUAACACAUGCCGCUAAGUACAGAUCUCAGAAUCGCAUUCCAGUACUAUCGUAUUAUCAUAAAAAAUCAGGAUGUUCGAUUACGAGAUGCGCUCAGCCGCUUCCUGGAAUUAUUCAACAAAGGUCUGUUCAAGAUGAAACACUGGUGCGAGAGAUUUUUGGUUGUUCAAGAAUACCUGAAGUUGCGGAAUACAGGGCCAUCAAAAAUUUGAUCAUCGACGCGCGACCAUCCACCAAUGCAAUGGCACAAAAAGCCCUGGGAGGUGGUUCAGAAAACAUGGAUAACUAUAACUUUGGUAAUACUGCAUCAAGGGUGUUUCUCGGUAUUGAUAACAUCCACGUCAUGAGAGAUAGCCUCAACUAUCUUGUUGACAAUUUUCUAGUGGACAGCGAUCUCAACCUUUCUAUUGAUAAAUCGGUUCUAAAUCAGGGCAAGGCUAGUUCGUGGCUAAAAUACGUCAGGUUAUUACUCUCCUCGACGGACAAACUGGCCAAAUCCCUGUUGUUCAACCAAUCAAAUAUAAUGAUACAUUGUUCUGAUGGGUGGGAUAGGACUAGUCAGGUCUGUUCUUUAGUCCAAAUAUGCAUCGAUCCGUAUUUCAGAACUCUGGAAGGAUUCAUGGUUCUCAUAGAGAAAGACUGGCUUUCAUUCGGACAUAGAUUUGCGGAGAGAUCAGGGCAUCUUAGCUUUGAAAGUGCUUUCCAUAAUAAUUUGAGAAAAAGUAUAAGUGGCACUGCCAAUAACGUGAUGACUCAAAGUUUAGACCUUAAUGCAAGCUUUUUCGGAUCAUUUUCGAACGCAGAAGGGAAAUGGGACAAUAAUUUGGAGGAAUUGGGGGAAGUUGCGCAUUCCAGCCCACCACUACCUCCAUCAGACUUGAUAAAUCGAGUCUCGAAACAUUUGAAACACAAAAGCACAGUGAAGCUAACUUCGCCUGUGUUUCAACAGUUCCUGGACUGUGUUUACCAACUUUUAAUUCAAUUCCCCAAUCGGUUCGAAUUUAACGAGAGGUUUUUGAGAAGACUACUAUACCAUCUUUAUUCUUGCCAGUAUGGAACCUUUCUGUACAAUUCUGAGCAGGAACGUACAAUAAACGAAGUUAAAACUAAAACAAGAAGUGCAUGGGACUAUUUCAAAUCGCGAGACCGUGAGUUUAUUAACGUUGAAUACGAUCCGAAAGGAUUUGGUGACGAGGACUGGAUUUUGCCCGAUUUAAGCCGUAUUCAGUGGUGGUGGCAGCUUUUCGGGAAACGAGACGAAGAAAUGAAUGGGCCAAUUACUGCUAAUUCAGAAGUAUCGGAAGAGAAUGAUGAUGCCAGAAAACUACGAUUUCCCAAGUUCACGCUUGACUUAUUCGGGAAGAAGUGA